UCAUUCCCCGAUCAAACCGCCGCCAAAAAUUUCCUUCGAAAAUGAGGCGCCGGAACCUAAUCAUCGACUCCGACGACGAGGACGGCGAGGGCAUUGCCACAUCCACAUCCGCCUCCGCCUCCGCCUCCGUCGCCAGCGGCGGCGACGGCAGCGUCGGCCGGCCCUCGCCCCGGAACCCUAGCCCACUCCCCGUCCCGUUCCCGUGCUUAUCGCCGCCCUCCGCUCCCGUCGUGAUCUCCGACGACGACGAGUUCGAAGAGAUCGUGGACCCCGACGGGGACUCCCCCUUUACUGACGCCCCCGACGAGCUCUCCCCACCGCCUCUUCCCGCUCCCGCUCCCGCUCCCCCUCCUUCGGCGGCCCGGACCCCAACCCUGACAACACCUCCGGCCGGGACCCCAACCCCGACUCCAUCUCUGGCCCGGAAUCCGUCGCCAACCGCGCCUCCGGCCUCGACCCCGCCGCCAUCCGCGCUGAGCGGGCGGCUGCGGCCGGUGGACGAGCUCCUGCGGGGGCUCGGGCUGCGAAUGCGGCCCGAGUGGCUCGAAUCAUGCGCUGCGGGGAUUCCUGGUUUCAACGGCCUCGGCGGCCCGGAGGUGCAGGCAAGGCGGUGCUUCGAGCAGUUCCUCUUCGCCGACAUGAACGCCUGCGGGGCCGGCGGGCUCCCAGAGGGCGUUGGGGGCAUGCACGCCUCCGUGCUUGAUGGGCCCUUCGUGCUUCAGGUUGAUGAAAUUGUCAAUAUGUCAGCUCCUUUGAGGGAAAGAUAUCGUGACACACACGCGGGACCUAAAAGAUGUUUAAAAUUGUCAAUGACAGAUGGCAUCCAACGCGUAUUUGGAAUGGAAUACAGACCCAUUAAAGACCUGCAAGUUCUUGCUCCUGCUGGUUUAAAGGUUGUUAUAAGAAAUGUGCACAUAAGGAGGGGCCUUCUUAUGCUACUUCCUGAGGUUAUUGAAAUUCUUGGGGGUGUAGUUGACGAAUUGGAAGCAGCGCGUGACAGACUUGUUUCUGAAGUAAACAAACCACCUCGCGGCAAAAGGAAACAAGGUGGAUUGCCUUUGUCUUCAAGGGCCGCUCUAGCUGCCUGGCAAUGUAGUAUCAAUGUUACUAAUGGUGGUGGGCAAGGGAUCUCAAUGCCAAGAACAGUUACUCCCUCUCAUCCAACAGGAUUAGUUAAUGCUUUCCAGGUUGGUAGAACUACAGAAACUAUGGUUGAAGGGCAUGUUAGCCCUCCUGUAGUAGUAAACAGUGUCCAAGAGCAAAGUCUGCGUGUCCAAGAAAUCAACAUGCAAGACCCAUCUGCUUCUCUUGCCAGGAACAAUACAGAAACUUCUGCAUAUACUCCCCGUCAAUAUGAUCGCACACAUAGCAUUGAGAGAAUUACACAGACUAUCAGAGAAGAAUAUGUUGAGCCUCCUAUUAUAGCAAAUAAUGCCCAUGAACAAAUACAGUGUGUCCAAGAAAUCGCCAUGCAGGAACAGGCUACUGCUUUUGCUAGGACCGAAAGAAAAUCUUCUGCAUCUACCCCUUGUAGCUAUGAUACCCAACAUGGGUCAUAUGGCAUUGGUGGUACUGGUGCUAAUGAUGUGGUGGCUGCACAGUCUUCAAAUCUUGAUGACGAGUUCAAUCAGGAGCAUUCCAUGAUUCUAAGUGGUGAAAAUGAAAAACCUUUUACAUACAUUAUCAGCAUGCUUGCAGACUGGGGUAUACAACAGGAUACAAAAGCCUAUAUUCAAGGAAAAAUCAAGGGUUUGAUCACUUCUGUCAAAAGUUUUCAAUUUAAACGACGUACCGAGUAUGAGCUUUAUGUUUACAUAGAUGAUGGGAGUUACAUCUCGGUGGCCUUUGUUGACAGUGAUAUUGUGAAGAACAUAAUUGGUCAUUCCCCUGGGGAGGUCACAUCUGCUCUUUCUGGUGAAUCAAAUUCAACAUCAGCCAGUACUAUGAAAGAAAUUCUUAAAGGAUUCCAGAGUGUUCUGGUGAAAUUUGAGGGUAUGAUGCUUAUUGAGUUCAACAAAAACUCCUCUAUUCCUAUUGUACGCGAGUUGAAUGAAGGCUGUCCAAGUUCUGAUGCAUGGCUUCUGCUUCGAAGGCUGAAAACAUUUUCUUAUCAAACGCGCGUGCAAAAUUUGGACAUUAUGGAUACAACUCCGUGAUUAUUUGCAGCCAUUCUUUAUUGCUAACGCAUAUGCAAUGUUCAGUAAUUAGCUUCAGGCUUCAGAUGGGCACCGCACCAUUCCUUUUGUAGGUACUUAGACUUGGCUUCUUUCCUUUUGCUGUAAGCUACUGUUGCUAUUACGUAAAUCUUCAAAAAGUUAUCCUUUC